GCGCAGUCACCUUCCCGCCCCGCCGUUCCUGCGCCGAAGGGUUGCCGGGACGCUGGUUUCGCUGCAGCCCGCCGCCUCCAUGCCCAGCAUGGCGCCUCCUUCCAGCGGAUCUACCUGUUCCACACUGGGUGUGAUACACCCACGACCGUCCAGGAAGCCCAACGAUGACGUGCGGCGCUUUCAUGACCUCUCACUACCUCUACAGAGCAUCAUUUUGAGGGAAGCCAGAAGUUAUUGAUUUGCUAUGUGUGUCCUGUUCGUGGGGGUGCUCCCAGUGCAAGUGAGGAUCGGUGGUUAGGUGGGCUAUGAACAGAAAUAUCUCCUAUGUACCCUGACUUAGAACCACCCGGUGGAAGCACUUCUCGGCACGAUGCUGGCUGCUCGCCUCUGCAGACCCCUGUCACAGCUCCCAGGAAAAACCCCAAGUGUCUCUCACAGAGGAGCUGGAACAAGACACACGUUGUUGCUUUGCUCCGCCUCCAUGACCCCGACCACCCGUCGGAUGUACGCCAGCGCCGGCGAGGUGGACCCGGUUGGCAGUAAAGCUGUUCUCAUCACGGGCUGCGACUCUGGAUUUGGGUUCUCCUUGGCAAAGCAUCUGCAUUCCAAGGGUUUCCUGGUGUUUGCUGGCUGCUUAAUGAAGGACAAAGGGGACGCUGGCGUCAAGGAGCUGGACAGUUUGAAGAGUGACCGACUGAGAACCCUCCAGCUCAACGUCUGCGACAAUGGGGAGGUGGAGAGAGCAGUGGAGACGGUCCGCUCAAGUCUGAAGGACCCUGAGAAAGGAAUGUGGGGCCUGGUUAACAACGCGGGCAUCUCAACAUUUGGGGAGGUGGAGUUCACCAGCAUGGAGACCUACAAGGAGGUGGCCGAAGUGAACCUGUGGGGCACCGUGCGCACAACAAAGGCCUUCCUCCCCCUCCUCCGAAGAGCCAGAGGCCGCCUUGUCAACAUCAGCAGCAUGCUGGGUCGCAUGGCCAACCCAGCCCGCUCCCCGUACUGCAUCACCAAGUUUGGGGUAGAGGCUUUCUCUGACUGCCUGCGCUAUGAGAUGCACCCUCUGGGUGUGAAGGUCAGCGUAGUGGAGCCUGGCAACUUCAUCGCCGCCACCAGUCUCUACAGCCCUGAGCGCAUCCAGGCCAUUGCCAAGAAGAUGUGGGACGAGCUGCCCGAGGUGGUGCGCAGGGACUACGGCAAGAAGUACUUUGAGGAGAAGAUUGCCAAGAUGGAGACCUACUGCAACAGCGGCUCCACAGACACGUCCUCAGUCAUUGAGGCCGUCACACACGCCCUGACCGCUCCCAACCCUUACACCCGCUACCACCCCAUGGACUACUACUGGUGGCUGCGGAUGCAGAUCAUGACGCACUUGCCAGGAGCAGUCUCCGACAUGAUCUACAUACACUGAAGAGGUUGCUGUGGCCUCUGUCAGGGAGCCCUAGUGGGAGGGAGAGGAAUGGGGGGGGGGGAGUCUAUGUAGUUACUGCUUGAUUAUGCACCAGAUUAUCUCCUGUCCUGGAAAGACCCAUUUUAGCAUUAACCAGAAAGAAUCGCCCAGCCUGACUUGUUGAUAUGAAUGGCUUGGACCUACAUAGGUGGGGUCCAGGUGAGAGGGGCCCAAGCCUUAGUUAGAGCCAAUGGUGCAUCCAUCUACCUGGGGUUAAUUUCAUACAAAGAUUUUGGGGAAAUAUCUUUAUAUUAAAAAGAGAUUUAUUAUAGAAUUCAAAUUCCUUUAUAUCUUUGGCCAAAACAUCUAAAAAUAUAUCCCAUUUGAUCCUUAAAGCCAGCCUCAUGAGGAAAAAGGAUAGAUUUUUUUUCUCUGUUGUGCAUGAAGUGUUUGUAGCUCAGAGAGGACAUUAAGUCACCCUUUCUUUAUUGUUUCUGACUGUCCAGGUUGUGUGUCCUGCCACUGCUGUAGGGGCACCGGGCACUUGUGUGCCAGGACUGCUCUGACCAGUUCGGUGUCUUCUCCUAAGCCAGGCACACUGGAGGCCACUCCUUACCUCCUCACACAUCCAUGGCACUUUGUGACUUUGGCCAGCAGCCAGUGACUCCAAGCUGACCACGGGUUGUGGGUAGGGGUCAUGUAGCUGCAGUUUCUCCACCCUCUGUGAGGACUUCAGGCCAGACCUGUGUGGAGAGGCUCUUUGGCUAGGAGGUCAGUUUGGUUUGGCCUAGGAUGGGAUUGGUGCUACUUAGAACCGUGGCCAGAGCAGCGGUGCCGAGGCUGGGCACUGUGACCCCCUUCUCCCCAGGCGUGGUCAGCAUGCUCAGCUUGUCUUACUCGGUGCUCAUGUUCACACACGCACACCUUACUCCACAGGGCUUCAGGGUGGCCUCCCCUGAUGGCUUGUCUUCCUACUGGGAACUGAUUUUUCAUUAAGCUGGCACACAGCUAGGCAGUUUGUGUUAUCAACCAAGGAUGGUUUGAGUUUGAAGGUUGCUGGUUCCUGAAGUUGCCCAUGGCGUGGUUAUUUGGACUCAAACCAGGCAUCACCGUGUUCCAGGUGGCUACUAGCCUAGAGCAGAGUCUGCAGUACCGACUUUACAAAUCAAAUCUAAGUAUCAUUUACAUCAGUCAUUAGAGGAGCUGGGCCUGCCACUAGAGGGCGCCCUGCCUCUGCUGGAGCAGCCUUCUCUCCCAACUCUGGAGCCUCUAGCCUGAGCUUUCUCCAAACGUGCUUAAUCCCCAAUUUGGACAACUGCCUGGGGAAGAAGGAGCAAGACCCCUUAGAAAUUAUGUUCUUCAUCGCCUGAACCUGGAGCCUGGUGCUUCCAGGGGAAAGCAGAGGAAGCUGGGCAGCAGGAACAGGCCCCGGGGUGCACACAGUGCCAAGGCCAAGAGGGUCUCACUAAGAAAAUUCAGCCUGAUUUGUGGGCUCUUUUUCCCUUUGCUUUCCUAUCCCAGCGCCCUGUCCACAGAGCUAGGCAGAUAGAGCCUAGGGGGAGAGAGAGGGGCAGGCAGGGUAUCUAGAACUCAGAGAGGGACCCUUGGUGAUGUUGUGUUCACGUAACAGUGACAUGCUUUUGUACCACAGAGCUGGCCUCCAGCUGGAGCCUUUCAGAUGACACUUGUGCGUUUUGGGAAGAUUUGCUUUACUGAUUAAUAAAGGAGAAUGGUUGUGGCUCUUGGAA